AUGGCCAUCCAAGGCCUUGGGACCUCCAUCCAGGGUUACCAUCUUGCUUUCUGCAGGAUUGGGGACGCUUCAUGGACUGCCCUGGACGGAACACUCUUUCCCUACAGGGAUCUUGUCUACUUUAGUGACCACCAACUUUUUUAUGCUUUGAGUAGAUAUGGUUUAGAAGCUUGGGAUCUUCGCGAUCCUGCCUCUCCAAAGAGUAGUCUCAUAAUUGAAUCCCUACCCAAAAGUAGAGAGAAAAUCACUCUUUUUAAGUAUGCAUAUCUAGCCGUGUCUUCAAGUGAUUUGUUAAUGGUGAACAGGUUCGUGUCUAACGACGAGCCUAGCUACACGGUUUCAUUUGAUGUGUAUAAGCUCGACUUUUUGAGAAAGGAAUGGGUAUAUUUGUCAAGCUUAGGUGACCGUGUAUUAUUUGUUGGUGAGAAUUACCACUCCUCGGAGUCUUUCUCGGCCCAUGAUUUCCCUGCUGGGACGCUCAUCCCCAAUUCCAUUUACUUCACUCCCGUGGAUAUCAAUGACCACUAUGUUGCAGGUAAUGAGUUGGGUUUUUUCAACUUGGAAGAUAAAAUCAUCUAUUGCUGCCCGUUCUUUAAGAAGAGGAAUCAAGAGGUUCAACCGUCUCCUGCUUGGAUUGAUUGUGCCUCAGCCGUGAAAUUAAGCUAA